AUGCCUAACUAUGUGAAAUUCAUGAAAGAUGUUCUUACAAGGAAGAGAAGGUUAGGAGAGUUUGAAAUCAUGGCUCUAUCCAAAGAGUGUAGUUCAUUUCUGCUAGACAAGUUGCCACCAAAGUUGAAGGAUCCUGGGAGUUUCACUAUUCCUUGUACUAUUGGAGAUACUUAUUGUGGGAUGGCUUUAUGCAAUCUGGGUGCCAGGUUUAACUUGAUGUCAAUGUCUGUUUUCAAGCAAUUUGGGAUUGGAGAAGUUAGGCCUACUACAGUUACUCUUCAACUUGUAGAUAGAUCUCUUGCUCAUCAGGAUGGGAAGAUUGAAGAUGUAUUGGUGAGGGUAGAAAAAUUCAUAUUCCCUGCUGAUUUUAUUGUGCUAGACUAUGAGGCGGAUAGAGAGAUGCCCAUUAUCUUGGGGAGGCCAUUUCUUGCGACAGGAAGAACUUUAAUAGAAGUGCAGAAGGGGUAG